AGCCGUUCAUAUUCGCACUUCGAUCUUCUCAGGAUCAGGAGGAGGAGUGAGACUUUGGGUAGCCAAGUUGCUCAUUUCAGAAUUUACGUGUAAUCCACAGACAAAAAAGAAGGCUUCAAAAAGAUAAAGUGUCCGGACACCCGACCCCCCAGCCUACUGGAAAUGGUUGUUAAAAAAGCAUGACAUUAAUUUUGUAUGCUUUGGAGGUCUAUAGAAACAAAAGACAAGCACAGGACAACAAAUUUUGACUCAAAAGUAUGGCAGCUUUACCUGCAGGUAAACUGAAAUGCAUCUUCUUCAGUGAAUUUCACCCACAAGCUGGACCUAAAAUCACGUAUCAGGUUCCAGAUGAUUACUUUUCUAGGGAGCUUUUUGAUAUAGUCUCUGUCUACAUCAUCCCAAAGCCUGAAUUACAAGACAAGCUCAUCACCGUUAAUGUCAAACAGGGUAAAGUGAUUGGAUGGCCCAGCUGCAUCCGAGAUGACAAGUAUGCCAGGAAUGAGUAUCUCUUCAACGUCUGUUUUGUAUGUGACUCUAAUACAGAUGUAUCACCUUACGAGACACUGGUAAAAAAGUUGUCUGCCUACUUCACAACACUCGAGCUGGAAUGCGCCUUUCUCUCAAAUGAGGAAACCAAGUGCAGAGUGCCAGAUAUAUUGGAGAAACUUCUUACUCAUCUGAAUGAGUUUGGAAAAUGUUCAGUACCAAUAAAUGAUUCUAACACCAUUCAUCUGAAGAUUGUACCACCUACCAAAGAACCACAGUCUGUCUUAGAGCACCAUGUUCCUAUGUUCCUGUGCAGUAAAGAACAUUAUGAUAACACACAGUGGGACCUUACAUCACAACAGAUUCUUCAAUAUAUUGAUGGAGUAAAUCAUGUUCAAAGGAUAGCUGUUGAAGCAGAUGUUGAUUUGAAUCUAGUCAAGAUCUGCCUUCAAAACUUGCUGUACUAUGGAGUCAUCACUAUUGUUCCUAUCUUUCAGUAUUCUAAUGUUUACAUAGUGCAACCAUCUAUCAACAGCCUCAUGGAGAACUCCCAGCUACAAAGAGAGUGUAUUGAAUAUGUAACUCUCCCAGGUUACAAUCCUCCAACCUUGAGAUCUGUGAUGCUACUGUAUAGUUCACUUUGCCCUGGGAUGACAGUCAGAGAUCUGUGUAUGAGACACAAUCCUAGAGCACUCAAUAUAUGUGAAAGACAUCUCAUUCAAUUUGGAGUAGUAAAAGGGCUGAUUAGAAGACUACAUAAAUACCCUGUCAAGCUGCCAACUGCUGAUAUGCAAUACAAUGCUGGGAGAAAUCUAGACAGGUGGAUGCAAGGAAAGCUAAAUUUUGAUGAGAUUUGUUGUGGGACAGGAAUGAGCCACAAGGAAUUAGAUGAGCAAGUGGAGAAAGAUGUGGAUGUUUCAGUCUGCUGGAAAUGAUAGUCUCCGUUGACAGCUGUUGAUGAACUGAUCUUUCAUACAGGGUCCUGUGAUUUAGAGCAGCUGAAUAAUAGGAACUGAUGUGUAUACUAUGGGAGGGGUUGUGGAGUUAUGUGGCCCAGUGGAUUAGUGUCCAGGCUUUGAAACAGAGGGUCUUUGGUUUGUAUCCGAGCCACAUUGUAAUUUCCUUCAGUUGGAAAUUCAUCCACAUGAGCUCUACAUUUAACCCAGCUGAGGUAAAUGGAUACCCAACAGGAUUAAUUCCUUGAAAGCACCAAGCUCCGUUUAGCAGCUGGAGCCAAAGCCUGGGUAAACCACUGAAUAAGAAUCUGGAUAAUCAGCAUCUCAUUAAUGCUAUUUAUCAUGGGUCUAUGCCAUUAGGAUAUGGAUAGAAUUGUGAGAGGUGUAAUCAACUGGAAAUGAAAGUUGCAACUUUGUCAGCCGUUGAUUGAGUGACAGUCGUUAUAAGGACCUAUGUGACCAGCCACUCUAAAACUCACCCAAAAAGGCCAAAAUGAAGUUGAAGAUUUUCAUUGAACUUGAUUAUGUGCAUCCAAAGCUUUACAAUGAUAUAUAACUUGUCAUAAUUGAUUAGCAAUAACCCACUCAAGUCCUUGCUUUCCUGAAGAAGAAAUUUAGAGGGAGCUAUUUUCUAAUUUUUUGCAUUUGAAGACCAAAUUACUAAUUUUGCUAUUUACAGAGAACCUUAGCUAGUGAGUUAUUAUGGUUUUGAGGUGGCUGGUCACCUAUGAUUUUGAGUGACUGAACAGUUUAAAACUGUUCUUCCCAAACCAUAGUCUGAAAUGUGGUGCAGCAUACUACUGUGCCAGCUGAUGAAAGCAUUAAUGAUGUUAAACUUUCGUGAAUUAUAAGGGUAUUAUUUUGACAGAGCUCUCUGUGUUGUAAGGGCCUCUAUGGACUGAUGGAAACAGUGCACUAUUUAAAACACUCUGUAACUGCAAGGCAGGCAUGUAGCCGGGGGAGGGGGGGGGGGGCAGUGGCCCUCCAAAACGUCCCAAAAAAGGGGAAAGGGAAGAAAGGUGUUGCUUUAUUGUUUUUCCUUAUUUUUUGUCAAAAGAAUAAAAACCUAAACAGGUCAUUCUUCUAUCUCUUCAUACAAAAUUUUGCGGGAUAGAUAUUGAAAAUGCCUUUCCCCCUUCUUUCCCACCCUUUUUUUCUACUCUGUUUUUCCCCCUCUCCGGCUGUAGGACUUGUAUAUUUCUUGCCAGCAAUUAUAAAGUAUACAUUGGUUUAGAAUAUCAAAAGUAUUUUUUUAAGUGCAUUGACGCAAAAUUACCUCUUCUGGUCAGAGCAGGUAAACAUGCCGCCACUCCCUGCAUAUGCUAUUCCUGCUUUUCAGCAACCAAUUUUGGCAAGUAUCUGCUCAAGGGGGCAGGCAUUAAAUUCGCGCCGUGCUAUAUGCAAAAGUUUAUACAUCGAAACUUUAUCCUACAUCGCUGCACAUCCAUCUUCUGUCUUGUUUUGGGCCAUCAAUUUGAAACUAUGAAUAUUUCUGAAGUUUCCUAAUCGCACAAAAGGAAGCACUUAAUAUGAGCAAAAUUGCACAAUUUUGUGUUUCUUCCAAAAUAAAUCACAAAGGUUUCCGUGCUUCCCAUGCAUGGGAAAAGAAAAAUCCCUUUUGUAGCUUGCAUCAUCUCUUUCACAUUUUGUGCUAUUUUUUUUUCAUAUUCAAGUUCUAUAAUCUAAAAAAUAUCAAAAUUAGAGCAGGUAGAGUUUUCAGAGAAAUUUUGAAAUUUCGCAGGAAGGAAUAUUUCCUCCUUGUUUACAUAUCUUACACUCUGUUUUGCAAGUGUAUGGCUAAAUCUUUUGCUAUCAAAUCUGAUCUGAGCAAGGAAGGCAUUUUAUGCAACUUCUGUUCUCAAUUUUUAUAAAACAAAGCUUCCAUGCUUCAUGUGGGAAGAGGAAUUAUUUCAAAUUGCUCAAUCUUUUCCCAUAUUUGGGGUGCUCAUAAUUUCUUUCAAAAACAUUUUUUCUUAAAAUCUCAGCAUUUGAAUUAAAUUUAGGUACUAGAGAAGCAAGAGACGUCUUCUUUUGAUUUGAAUUUGAUGAGAUCUGUGAUGCUACUUUGCGCGAGUGGGGCAAAACUCCCCCCUCCCUGCACCUCCCCCCCCCCCGGGAGUGCGUUUUGCGCACUCUGUAUGUUGGCAUGCACUUACCGCCCCCUCCAAAAUUAAAUCCUGGCUACGCGGUUGCUGCAAGAAGUAGGCACUAUACCAAAUCCUCAAUGGAUAUAAUGCUUUUUCACCCUUUGUUUGUUAUGGAUUCAUUGAACCACAAUUAAAAUGUUUGUAUCAAUAUCAUGGCAUUUUUCAUCGUCAUUGGGAAAAAUUGGUGCUGUGUAAGUAUUUUCAAUUGGUUGAAGGCUCUGACUCGAGCCAAGCACCUUGGAGAUACCAAUGGUUUGGAAAAUUACUGUUGUGAGAUGUGUGUGGUACAGGGAUUUAUGAGAAACUAGAACUAUCACUGAAGGUGAUUAAUACCUACACCGUUACCAUGGCAACAGUUUCCAACACAUGGAAAAAAUAUGUCUUGUCCAUCUUAACCCUAAGACCUAUGUGUGCGCAAAAUAUCUUGAGAAUUGGUUAAAAACUGAUGGAAGUAGUUUGAGCCGCAAGAUUGUUAUCUAAUUUUGGGCAUAUAAUAUGUUGUUACCAUGGCAACAUGAUUUCCGACACACAAAAUAUCCAUCUUGCACAUUUUCACCUCGAAACCAAUGUGUAAGCCAAAUUUCAUGAGAAUUGGUCGAAAAUUGAAGUAAUUAAACUGCAAGUUUUUUUACCCAAUUAUUUGCAAUAUGUCAUUACCAUGGCAACACAAUUUCUGACACCCGCAUAAAAAAAUGUUUCUUGCACAUCUUUACAUCAAUACCAAUGUGUGUGCCAAAUUUCAUGAGAAUUUGAUAAAAGCUGACUAAGUAGUUUGAGCUGAAAGAUUGUUACCUAAUUUUUUGCCAAAAUAUACCGUUACCAUGACAAUGCUAUUUCUGACACAUGCGAAAAAUGUGUCUUGCGCAUCUUCACCCCAACACCAAUAUGUGUUCCAAGUUUCAUGAGAUUUGGUUAAAAACUGAGGAAGUAGUUUGAUGCGCAAGAUUUGGAACGGACAGCCCAACCGUAAGCUGAUUCCUAUAUACCCCCUUCAAACUUCUUGGGGGCGGGGGGGUAAAAAUUGAGUCAAAGCUGAUAAAUUUGAUGUAAAGAAGUCAUGGCCCUGUCUUACAAAGAGUUACGAUUGAUCCAAUCAACCACAUCUAUGGAUGGCCAGCAAUGUCAACAUCUGAAAUGCAAAUUUGUUCAAAGUAUUUUCUUGAUAUGCUGUAUAUUCAAACAUUCAUUGUUCUCUUUCAGUGCGAUUCUCUGUUUACAAAGGAGAUUGUGCAAAUUUCUUGGGGAAAAAAAUAUGGUAUGGAUGGAUUUCCAGUUGAGAUUGAUAAGAUAAAUUUGUAUAUGUAACUCUUGUAAGAUGGAGUCCUUUUCUUAAUGUUGUACAUCCCUACACUUGAUCAGUAGCUGAAUACAUGAAUUCUUCACAUAUGAAAGUCCAAUCUUGGAGGAAAAACAAAGAAUGUGAGGAAGGAAAUAAACAUAUCAAUAUUUGUCCAAACAAGAAUUUGUUCAAUGUGUUUAUUUAUCAUAAUAAAUCCUAUUUAUAUAAUCAUA